AUGGCAUCAUCUAUUGAUCUACAUCCGCCGAUUCAUUGGGGACAAACGCAAGAUAGUGUAUCACUACGAAUUGGACUUACGGAUGUAAAAUAUCCAAAAAUUGACAUCAAUGAAUCAAGUGUUAGAUUUCAAGCUACUGGAUGUAGUGGAUCACGUGGUGAACAAUUAUAUUCAUUUGAAAUUGAACUUUUCGAUAACAUCGAUUCACAAGCUUGUAAUUAUAAAAUCAAUGAUCGUGAAAUAAAUGUUAGUUUAAAGAAAAAGAAAACUGUUGAAAAUAAUGUAUGGCCUCGUUUGACCAAAACAUCUGCUAAAUUACCAUGGUUAAAAGCUGAUUUUGAUAAGAUGGCAUAUAGCGAAGAUGAAUCAGAUGAUGGGAAGAAAACAUCGAUGCCGAAAAAAGGUUUAACUGAUGAACUAUGCAAAUCUCUUCGGCAAGAUUCUCGUAGAAACAAAUCAAAAAACUUCAUUGAUAUUCGAACAAAUUGGUUACUCUUCUAUAAUCUCUUUCAAUUUAUGGCUUAUCUAUGGGUAUUUACUCGUUUAAUAAUGCAUUUUAUUUCAAACGGGCAUUUAAGCAAUGGUUAUAAACUUGUGGAAAAUCCAAUUAAAUUAUGUCAAUCAUUAUCGGUUCUUGAAAUAGUUCACCCAUUGAUUGGUUUUACUAAAGGUGACUGGUUCUCACCAUUAAUGCAAUGUUUUGGCAGAAAUUUAAUUCUAUUUAUUGUUAUUAAUUUUAAUCAGCAAAUUAAACUGUCACCAUUUAUUUCUUAUCUAUUCUUGGUAUGGAGUUUCGUCGAACUUUAUCGUUACCCAUACUAUGGUAUUCGUCUAUUAAAUAAAGACAAUCGUAUAAUUACGUGGCUUCGUUAUACGAUUUGGAUUAUUCUUUAUCCACUAGGAGCAUUUAUUGAAGGUGUCAUAGUUUAUAAAAGUAUUGACUACUAUCAUUCCAAUGGUUAUUUCAGUCUGGCUUUACCAAAUAAGAUAAAUUUUUCAUUUAAUUUUGCUCUGUUUCUUCGAAUUUAUUUAGUGUUGUUACCAAUCGGUCUUCUUCAAAUGAUGAAACAUAUGUGGAAUCAACGAAAAAAGACAUUGAGAAAAAAGAAACAAUAA